AGAUUUGACAACUGGUUAUCAACUAUUACUACCAUGGCCUGUGAACAACGUUUGCGGACUGCUCAGGUAAAACCUCUGGCGACCUUGGUCCUAUUGUAUUGCUGUUUUAAAGCAAGCAAAUGGCAUGUUCUAUGAUGGCAUGUUCUAAUAGCAUGUUCUAUGAAUAUCUACAUGACUCUAUUUAUUCAAAAAUAUUCAAAGGUGUAAGAGCCUGUCUUUGUUAUCUUUUAUAGGGCACCCAGUUGCUGCCAAAUGUAGUUUCAACAGAGCAGCAGUCCUUGAUUGUUGUGAAGAAACUGCUGGCCAUUGCAGUCUCCAGCAUCACUUAUCUCAGGGGUCUUUUCCCAGAAAAAGCUUAUGGGAGAAAAUAUGUUGAAGGUAAAACACAUUUUAUGUUCUUUUUAAAUGUACUCUAUUGUUAUUUAAAUCAUGAUACUGUAGCUAGCCAACAUCUUCAAGAAGUACACUUUCUUCUCUCUCUCUAUGCCACAGAGCAGAAAGUUAUGAUCCUCAGGGAGGAGCGCACCUGCCCUGGUGCCAGUCAGAUUGUACAGUGGUCAGUAUACACCACCAAGCCUCAGUGGGGAAUUCCAGUACAGUGUUUUCUCUGUGGCCAAAUACUUUCCCUUUAUCCUGGUUAGAUCAUUUAUUCAGUGUUGAUUAAUUAAGACUCUUUUAUACACCUCCCAGGAUGCAGGGAUGCUUUGAUGCCCUUCAAAGAAAAUACGUAAGUGAGAUACUAGUAUUUAGUUGUUUAUUCAUUAUAUGCAUGUUAUUAAUGUGAAUUAAUUACAUAUAAUGAAUGUCUUGUAUUCCAACAGUUGCGGACGGUCGUUAUGUCUGUGAGUAUAUCUUAUCGAAUAUUUUCUUCAGCAUAUAAAGCAUUUUAAUUUUCAGUUGCUAAAGUUUGUAUUCUCCUUCCACUUUCUAUAGAUAUACACAGACCCAGAGAAUCCAAAGGUAAUAGACAACUUUUUAACCCCAUUGGUAUUUAUCAUAGUAAUGCUUUGAUUCUCUGGACUAUAACAAGAUCUACAGUAUAUGUAACCUCUUGAAUCAAGCCUUUUCUCAUUGUGACACUGGUCUUUCUUUACAAUUUGCAGAAGGUUACUGAAUGCUACCAGUUCAAAGUCGAAUACACUGAAAAGGGACCCAAAAUUGACUUUGAAAGGUACAGCGUUGUGAAUGUGUAUUAGGGUUGAAUGGCGGGAACCCGGUUACUGAGGUUUACCGAGAUUUACCGCCAAAACCACUCCCUUUUCCCGGGAUAAAUAACAGUGAGAAACUGGUAAAUUAUAAGAAAUUAUUUAUAUGAACAGCUUGACGUGAAAUGGAGCUGUAAUUAUAUGCGAUGUCUAAAUCUGGAUUCUCUAAGGCCUUCCCUCUGGUCACUGCAUGAUGAAUCAUCAAUGCUCUGGGUGGGGACCAAGAGCCCAUCUCAGUAUGUAGACCUAUCCAUUUUUUUUUAUUGUGACAGGUAGACCUACAUUUGCUGCAGCAUAGCCUAUGCUACAGUAAUAUAAAGACCGAAUGCGCAUCUAAUUUACACAUCUCCAUCUGGCUUUCGGGGAUCACUAUAUUUUUUUAUUGUAAAGAUGAUUUUUCUUUUUUAUUGACGAGUUUAAAACACUCCUAAAUCGUUGCUUUAAAUCAGUGCACGAGUGAACGCUCUCUCGCAGUCUUUCUCUCCAUUAAUUCCAUUCAAAUUGCAUCCAAAAUAGAUAAUCCUGUUCAAGAUUGAUAUAUACAGUGGGGAGAACGAGUAUUUGAUACACUGCCGAUUUUGCAGGUUUUCCUACUUACAAAGCAUGUAGAGGUCUGUAAUUUUUUAUCAUAGGUACACUUCAACUGUGAGAGACGGAAUCUAAAACAAAAAUCCAGAAAAUCACAUUGUAUGAUUUUUAAGUAAUUAAUGUGCAUUUUAUUGCAUGACAUAAGUAUUUGAUACAUCAGAAAAGCAGAACUUAAUAUUUGGUACAGAAACCUUUGUUUGCAAUUACAGAGAUCACACGUUUCCUGUAGGUCUUGACCAGGUUUGCACACACUGCAGCAGGGAUUUUGGCCCACUCCUCCAUACAGACCUUCUCCAGAUCCUUCAGGUUUCGGGGCUGUCGCUGGGCAAUACAGACUUUCAGCUCCCUCCAAAGAUUUUCUAUUGGGUUCAGGUCUGGAGACUGGCUAGGCCACUCCAGGACCUUGAGAUGCUUCUUACGGAGCCACUCCUUAGUUGCCCUGGCUGUGUGUUUCGGGUCGUUGUCAUGCUGGAAGACCCAGCCACGACCCAUCUUCAAUGUUCUUACUGAGGGAAGGAGGUUGUUGGCCAAGAUCUCGCGAUACAUGGCCCCAUCCAUCCUCCCCUCAAUACGGUGCAGUCGUCCUGUCCCCUUUGCAGAAAAGCAUCCCCAAAGAAUGAUGUUUCCAUCUCCAUGCUUCACGGUUGGGAUGGUGUUCUUGGGGUUGUACUUAUCCUUCUUCUUCCUCCAAACACGGCGAGUGGAGUUUAGACGAAAAAGCUCUAUUUUUGUCUCAUCAGACCACAUGACCUUCUCCCAUUCCUCCUCUGGAUCAUCCAGAUGGUCAUUGGCAAACUUCAGACGGGCCUGGACAUGCGCUGGCUUGAGCAGGGGGACCUUGCGUGCGCUGCAGGAUUUUAAUCCAUGACGGAGUAGUGUGUUACUAAUGGUUUUCUUUGAGACUGUGGUCCCAGCUCUCUUCAGUUCAUUGACCAGGUCCUGCUGUGUAGUUCUGGGCUGAUCCCUCACCUUCCUCAUGAUCAUUGAUGCCCCACGAGGUGAGAUCUUGCAUGGAGCCCCAGACCGAGGGUGAUUGACCGUCAUCUUGAACUUCUUCCAUUUUCUAAUAAUUGCGCCAACAGUUGUUGCCUUCUCACCAAGCUGCUUGCCUAUUGUCCUGUAGCCCAUCCCAGCCUUGUGCAGGUCUAUAAUUUUAUCCCUGAUGUCCUUACACAGCUCUCUGGUCUUGGCCAUUGUGGAGAGGUUGGAGUCUGUUUGAUUGAGUGUGUGGACAGGUGUCUUUUAUACAGGUAACGAGUUCAAACAGGUGCAGUUAAUACAGGUAAUGAGUGGAGAACAGGAGCGCUUCUUAAAGAAAAACUAACAGGUUUGUGAGAGCCGGAAUUCUUACUGGUUGGUAGGUGAUCAAAUACUUAUGUCAUGCAAUAAAAUGCAAAUUAAUUACUUAAAAAUCAUACAAUGUGAUUUUCUGUAUUUUUGUUAUAGAUUCAGUCUCUCACAGUUGAAGUGUACCUAUGAUAAAAAUUACAGACCUCUACAUGCUUUGUAAGUAGGAAAACCUGCAAAAUCGGCAGUGUAUCAAAUACUUGUUCUCCCCACUGUAUAGGCCUAUUUAUAGAUGUGCUAGCCUACCUCUUUCAGGUAAUAAAUCCAAUGCAGUAUUAGCCUUAUAUUUAGCUAAUGAAUGAUGGGUUAUGCAUAAUAAGCUUCUAACUUAUAGCCUCUGUCUCUUGCGCAAUAUGCACGUACCUGUGCUCCGCUGGCCUCGCUCUGUAAAAAAUGCUCCUUAGCUCUUGGAGUCCUAUGCAGGAAAAGCUAAACUAGAAUAGUGGCUGGACAUUAUUUUUUUUAGCAUUUCUUAUACCAAUAGACUAUUCGAAGAGGGACACAAGCUCUUGUUUGCUGAAUGUUAAAUACAGCACCCAAUAGAACUCAUGGGUAGUUUGAAAGAAGAGCGAACGGGUGAUGGCGGUAGGCUAUAGCAGUUAUUUAUGCAGACCCAUAACCAUUCAAUCCUCGUGAAGAGAAGUGAAAGCCUUUUGUGUCUCAUUCUAGUCCUAUAUUAUUCAAAUAUGUAAUUAGAAUGAUGAAGAUAAGGACAAUGAAACAUAUUUAAUUUAACUGUUGAAAGCAAGGAAGGAAUGAAGCAACAAAAGAGAGAGAAAUAAGAGGUAGGCUAAUAACAUUAGGGAAAAUAUAAUGAAAAAUACUUGUAACUUUGUAGGCCGCAUGUGCUGCACCAGAAUCACAUUUUCUCUCCCUGCUUGAUCAUGGUUUGAAUGAGGUGCGUAAUUCCAGUCCAUAUAAUACAGUAUAAUACAAUGCAGUACAGUAAUACAGUUCACACUCAAAAAGAUUACUGGAGCUUGUUUCAUUUAUUUACCCAAGAGAGCAUCUAUGUGCUUUUAUGUUUUUCUGUCUUAUGUAAUCUGCAGUAGCUGUAUUGGAUAACGGUACAAUCACUUGGGCAUGUUUGGGCUUAGGCUCAUAAAAUGUAUUUUAUCUGGCUCAGGUUGCAUCAGGCUUGAAUAUUCGAUCAAAGCUCUAAUCAAAUCCAGACAUAGGCCUAUUUAUAUGCUUUGUAAUGCUUUUGAAUGACACUUCCGGUUUUGACACUUACCCCGGAGAAAAGUGAUUUAUUCUCGGGAUGGAACAUUUGUAAAAUACCGGGUAAAUAUUCAACCCUAAUGUGUAUAACAUAAUGAUAACAUGGCAGAAUUUCAUUGAGAAACAUUGAAGAGAGAAACUUUUAAUUGUGUAAAAGUUUUUACAUUUAUUUUUGUUUUAGCAAAAACAGCAAGAAUCUGGGAAAGAUGGCUUGCAGCAACACAAAAAAGUCCAGCAUCCUCCUGGUGCGUAAACUCUACACACUGAUGCAGAACCUGGGUCCUCUGCCAGACAAUGUCUGUCUCAACAUGAAACUCUCCUACUACGACGACGGUAAAGACCACACAGUGAUGUAGAGUAAGCUAAAAGAAAAGAGAUGAUAUGAUGCAAUACGCUGCGCAAGUGAUGUCAUCCUAUGUCAUACUUCCGGGGUCAUGUCCCGGGUCUUUUGAAUAUGCUCCAAGAUUAUAUGAUAAAAAUCAUGAAAAUGCAGCCAUUUAAUUACAAUGAGUAUACCAAACAUUAGGAACACCUUCCUAAUAUUGAGUUGCAACCCCCUCCCCUCAGAAUAGCCUCAAUUCAUUGGGGCAUGGUCUCUACAAGUCUUCGAAAGCGUUCCACAGGGAUGCUGGUCCAUGUUGACUCCAAUGCUUCCCACUGAGUCAAGUUGGCUGGAUGUCCUUUGGGUGGUGGACCAUUCUUGAUACAUACGGGAAACUGUGUGAAAAAAGUGAAAAACCCAGCAGCGUUGCAGUUCUUGACACAAACCGCCUGGCACAUACUACCAUACCCCAUUCAAAGCACUUCAAUUUUGUCUUGCCCAUUCACCCUCUGAAUGGCACACAUACACAAUCCAUGUCUCAAUUGUCUCAAGGCUUAAAAAUCCUUCUUUAACCUGUCUCCUCCCCUUCAUCUACACUGAUUGAAGUGGAUAUAACAAGUGACAUCAAUAAGGGAUCAUAGCUUGCACCUGGAGUCACCUGGUCAGUCUAUGUCAUGGAAAGAGCAGGUGUUUUGUAUACUCAGUGUAUAUUUGUGUAUUGAUUUACUCAUACCCGAUGCCUUUUAUCAAAAUAUUUGACGCUCAAGAAGUAAGACACAUCACGAAAGUUAGAGAAGUCUCAUUUGAACUACAUCUCCUGCAGCGUUGUUAGCAUGCCUGAGCGUGCCUGCUCGAGCUGAGGACUUACAGGAAGGUAACAACCUGUUAGUUACAGGCCAUUUGAUGUGUUUUAAUAUUAGAUUAGGCUGGGGGUUUUUCAGUGAACGUUGCCAACCAGUGCCUUUUGAUUUGUAGUUCAUGUGUGUAGUUCAAAUGAAACGGUUGUACCUUUUCAGCUUUGUGCUUCUUGGGCGUCAAAUACGUUGAAAAACGGCAUAUGGUAAAUAAAUAUAUACGAGAAAACAUACAUUUUAAUAUAUAUCUUAAAUGACAAUAUACAUUUUAAGCCCAUUCUUAGCCUACAAAACCUGGACGGACUACGGAAGUCAAAUUGAAGCACUACUUUCAUAGGGUAUAACAAGUAUAUGUUUUUAAAAGACCACAUAAAGAGUGUGUGUGUGUUUGCAUGUGUGUAUAUAUCUCAGUCACUCCCCAGGACUACCAGCCCCCAGGAUUCAUGGAGGGGGACUGCGAUAGCAUGCAGUUUGAGAAGGAGCCCGUCAAUCUGACCAUGGGCGAGGUGGUCACUCCCUUCCACACCCUGAAGGUGGACGUGACCACAGAGAGAGAAAGGCUGGAGCAGGUAUGAAGGAAAAGGGGGGAAAUAACUAAAGAGAGAGUAAUGUCAACCAGAUUAAUGGGUGACACGUUGAUUAACAGCUGUCCCCUUUUCUCUGUAGGUUGAUGACGAGCAGCCCAUAUGUGUGAGGGACAAGUGGGAACUGAAGAUGGAGGAGGGGGGGACAGUGACCAAGAUCAGCAGUCAGCAGGUGAGACCUGAGGCUGACAUAAAUCUAGGCUAAUUUGACUGGGUGCCUAUGGCAGGACGCUAUUGUUUUAACCCAGUAGGGGGCGUUGCUGUCUCUAUCCCAUGGGAUAUACCUACAGUAUAUAACAUUUUUUAUGGGGUUUCUACUUUUAGACUCGCAUGAUAAAAGUAAUGGAAAAUCCAGACGACGACCUUUACUUGGACAAUUCAGGUAGGACCUCCUCUCUCAAACCCUAGUGUAAAGAAGUUUUGCUGAACAUGAUAACAGCAGUGCUAUUUUCUUUUUUAAGAAGUCAAAUGCAGUCUGAAAUCCAUGUUUUGUUUUAUUUUGUUUCCAUCAUGUUUGAUGCUCAAAGAGGUCCAGGUGAACUGCCAGGAGAAUAUGAUGUGUGAGGAGAGCACAGAGAACUCUCAGGUAAAAUCACAGCAAAAAAUUCUACAUAAUCAGUACUAAGAUAGGCCUUGUAUCAACCAAAUGCAGAUACAGAGCAAUACAAAUACACAGGUGGGAGAGUACGGUAUGGAUAUAAAGUACUAUAGGGGCUGCUCCAGUUGUGAAGGUAACGGUCUGUGGUUUGAUUGACCUGUCUGUCUCAGAUGGACACUUUGGUAAAGAGGACCUCUGACCUGGAAGUGGCCAUUAAGAGAACCAGGAGCGGACGCGUCACCAGGUCCACCCUGGUCAGUGCCCCCCAAAACUCACAACCCUAUCCAACUCCUACUGGUCCUGUUCAAAUGGAAGACAUAUUUGUAUAACGUAAUGUAAAAAUGACCACGGAGGGUGUGUAUCUAUGGUACUAGUGUAUCCGACUAGCUUCACAAGCACUUCCCUGCAGUCUGUGAUUUACUGUCUUUGUUCUGUGUGUGUGCAGGAGAGAAAGGCUGAGACUGAGGUGCACAGCAUCAGCAAGAAGAAGCCCUCUCCCAUCGAAGACAAAAUGGUGGGAGACACGCCCCCUGGAGCAUCAUAGAUUUCAGUCCCCAGUCUUACUCACAGAACGAUUGAUAAUAAUGAGAAAAUUGUCUUUUAAAGAUAAAAGUUCCCUGACCUACAUGUUUUUUAACAAGUCAAUAUGACUCAUUCAGUCCAUCCCAUCUCGAUGGAUACAGAAUAUUGUUUGGCAAUCAUUAUUCAUUUUUUCAGUUUUACAUUAGUUGGUAAACUGUCUGUCACUCUCUGAUUGGCAGAUAUCGCAGUUCGAGUUCCCCUGCAGUCAGGAUGUCCAGGCCUCUGUGCAGAAGAAACGCAAGUUCAGCGAACCCAAGGAACGCUUCUGACCUUUCCACCUAACCUAUAAGACACCUGUCAAGACCAGAAUCGAUUUUCUAAUUUGCCUGGGCAAAAUCUCUAUGCCUUUUUAGUUGUGUGACUAUUUUAAAGGAAAGGUGUAGUGCCCACCGCCAACACCAUUCUGUCGUUACAAUGGAAAGGACAAAGGAAAUAGUUAUUUCUAGUCCACCUCGUUGUUUACGUUUAUUCUUUAGUUUCCGUUGUUGAGUUACAUGCUAAUGUGUGAUGUGGAGACUGGGGAAAAUGUAUUUUCUACAAUUGUAUAUUAGGGUCUGCGAAGUGCGAAACCCACAGUUUUAUUUAUUUCAAAGGAUUACAUAUUUUUUUAUGUCAAUAUAUUUUUUUACGGUUUGUCUUCUGAUUACCAGUAACUUUACACUGUGC